UCCUCCGCGGCUCGAGUGCUCCCCCUGCUGAUUGAAUCUUACUGAGUUGUGACAGGAGCCGGUGACAGGGGGCGGGAGACUAGAGUCGGCCGUGAGGGGUGCACAGGAGGACGGGUUCCCGGGGCUUACACCGGCCACAGCCGCUGGGCGCAGUUACCGGCUUCUAGAGGUGUCGGGAAGAAGAGACGCUGUAGAACUAAUUUUGCAGUCUUCCUGCAAUCAUGGCAUCCCGUAUUGGACUACGUAUGCAGCUGAUGAGGGAGCAGGCUCAGCAAGAAGAGCAACGUGAACGAAUACAGAUGCAGCAUCAGCAACAUUUCCUCCAGCAGCAGCACAUCAUGCCUUCCACUGCAUCACCUGCAAUCAGCACCCCUGCUUCAUAUCAAGCACCACCACCAGUCCCCAUGGAGGUCCUGAAGGUUCAGACCCACCUUGAGAACCCGACAUCUUAUCACCUGCAGCAGUCCCGAGACAAGAAAGUUCGAGAUUACCUGUCUGACACUUUCGGGAACAAAUUUGCUUCUCACCUUAGUCCUCUCAGACUGUCACCGAAACCUCCACCUGCUCCUACAUCUCCUGCGCAUCGCGCUGCACGUCUUUCAUCCUCAGCAGGAAACAGUGCUCCUAACAGCCCCAUGGCCAGAAUGAACUUGUGCUCCAACACGGAAAGAGAAAUGGAUGAUGUAAUUGAUAGCAUCAUGGGUCUAGAUGACAUGUUUGGGUACACAGAACCUGCCCUGUCCAUGCCAAAUACGCUGCCAUUUUCCAGUAGUCACUUGGGACUGUACAGCGAUGAUUCGCGUCUAAGUGAUACUGUUGUAGGUGUUACCAGCAAUUCAUGCCCAGCAGAUCUGGCAAUAAAAAAAGAAAUAUCAGAUGCAGAGAAUCGUGCACUUGUACGUGAACGUCAAAAGAAGGACACACAUAACAUGAUUGAGAGGAGGAGAAGAUUUAACAUCAAUGAUCGUAUAAAGGAGCUGGGUACUUUGAUUCCAAAAACAAAUGACCUCAGUGAUACACGUUGGAACAAAGGCACCAUCCUGAGGGCGUCUGUGGAAUAUAUCAAGCACAUGCAGAAAGAGCAACAGCGGAGCCGAGAACUAGAGAACCACUCCAAACAAUUGGAACAGGCUAAUAAGCACCUGUGGCUUCGGAUCCAGGAGCUGGAAUUGCAGGCGCAGGCACAUGGUCUUUCCCCUCCAGGUUUGACCCCAGCUGAUCCCAUCAAGCAGGAGACAGAUGCCAUCCCAGGUGUCCAGCAACACCUGAAAGCCCCACAGCAAGCACCGUACCAGCAGCAGAUGGACUUCUCAGCAGGGCUUGGUUACCAAACCAGUGCUUGCGCAGACACCUCUUUUCCUGCUCUAUCUAGGACAGAGCUAGACCUCAUGCUGAUGGAGGACACCAUGCUAACUUCUGAUCCUAUAAUGGCUUGUGACCCACUUAUGUCAACCCUUUCCCCUGGCACCUCUAAGGCCAGCAGCCGACGAAGCAGCUUCAGCAUCGAUGAGGUAGAUGGCCUGUGACAUCAUGGACUAUAGGUGUUUUGACCUCUAUGUUACCCUGUAGGGUACCUUGGACUGUGACUUCACUCAAGACAUGGAGCUUGGAAUCACUUUGCCUUAUUUAUGGGUUAUACAGUUUAGACAGAUGUAUAUGACUAACAAAAUGUAUGCAUUGACAUAUGCAAAUAUAUUCAGACUGUGUAGUACCCACAGGUAAGCAUGCAUAAAUGCUUUUAUUGCAGUGGAUUCAAGACAUUCAGAAAACUUGUAUUCCACCCCUUAAUGCUAUUACCAGCCGGUCUGCACAAGAAGUACCCAGUUAUUGUAUACCAACAAGGAUCAAUAUCCUCAAAGCUGUGUAUGAAUGGCACAGCUCUGUCACUGCCUUUAAUUCCUCUAGGACAUAUGAGGAGAAUUUGCCAAAAAACAAAAAGUGCCUUUCUGUGGACGGAGUGGAUCCUGAGUGUCACUGUGUGUAUGGAUGUUAGUGCGAAUGGGUGUGGCAGUGAAAGUUUAUAUAUAGUAAGCAUGACUGUAACCUUUUUUUAAAUUAAUGAUUGUUUGCAUUCUGAGUUAAUCUUAUUGCUUUGAAUGUUUGGAGUGUGUUUAGUUUAGAGAUCACUGUAAUGUAUCAUACUGUAUCUAUGAUUAUGGGAGUGCACUCAUUUAACUCUGUAUGACCAUGUAUGGUUUUUGCCUUGUCCACCAAGUGAUCAGAAUAUAACCUGAGCCUCCAACUCCGUUGCAGCAAUAUCGUCAAGAGAAACUCUGCAGCUGCCACCACAGCCUUAAUUGUUGUCAUUGUUUUUGUAACCACUUUUUACAGUUUAACAGUUGAUUUAUGUAACGCUCAGUCUUUGAUUGUGUAACUGAUUGGAUCACUGGGUGCCUUAAUGCUUCUACUGGACUGCAGAAUUCUGCUAAACACUCAGGACAACCUAUCCAUUGACAAUUGGGGCGUUCUCUCAAAAAUGUUGUUUAAGGCAUUCAGGUUUUGGGCAGCCUGCUUGAGUUUUUGCCAAGUAGUUUGCUGUGUUUUCAGAUUGUCCCAUUGCAUUUGAAGGAUACAGUAUGCUUGCAAUACUAGAACCUGUGGAUUUGAAACAUUGUCUAUAUAUUAUAACUCAACUCUCCAUUCAUGCCUCCAACAGGUCAUGUUUUAAGGAUUAUUUGUGUGAGCCUCAGCUUGGUUAAUUCACACAUGUCUUGCUGAAGACAGAGGGUUGAGAAACGCUGCAUUUACACUAUGACGAAUGCUGUCAAAAAACAAAUCUUAUUUUCUCUGACGUCCUAAGUGGAUGCUGGGGACUCCGUAAGGACCAUGGGGAAUAGCGGCUCCGCAGGAGACA